UGGUUCUGGUGGAGGGAGCGCAGAAACGAUUCAACAGAGCUGGUGUAAACAUGCGGUGAUGUGCCUGUAGAAGUUUUCCAGACUGUUCCGUGACCGGUACAGAAGGAAUAUCGUAGAACGCGAUAGAAUAAUCUAGAUGCAUCGUAAAAAUGCUCGGUAUAAUUGUAGCUGGACGACUUGUGCAAACUGAUUUUCAACAAAUUGGGGAGAAUCAAUUUUUAAUUACCGUGCCUGAUGCCGACAACAUAAAUCAUAUAGUAGUCUUUCUCACUGGCAUUAUACCGUUUCCAGAUGGCAUGGGAGGUGCAGUGUAUUUCAGUUGGCCAGAUGCAAAUGCGCCACCAAAUUGGCAAUUUCUUGGAUACGUUUCCAAUGUCAAACCAUCAGCUAUCUUCAAAAUAUCGAAUCUGAAGAAGAAUCACGAGUUCGAGAACAGCAACGUGGGCAUUUUCGGGAUUGGUAAGAUCUCGCACGUCGCGCAGAUCGGUGUUUCGGUGGAACCGCUAGCAAUAAUCGAGCAGCAGGCUGCUACAGUCGCCGCAACCACCACCAACACCUUUGUGGACUUUGUGCAAAAAAUGCUGACGAGUUUCGUGAAUUAUGUGACGAGUUUUACAGUGACGCAAGGGCAAAUGACACCAAAUCCUACCGAAAACUUUGUACCCUUAUCUACGUUACAAAACUGGUAUGAGACUUUCGAAAGGCGAUUACAGCAAAAUCCGAAUUUCUGGAAGUCGUGAUUGUGGAAAGUGCGUAUAAUAUGAAAUUUUAGAUCUUCUGUCAAUAUAAAUACACAAAUACUUUAGCGAUGGCCAAAUAUGACUCUGAAGUUUCAAUAUUGUUGUACGACAUGCUGAAUUAUCAGUAUGAAUAAAAGUGAAUUUGUCACUUUUAUAUUGUUGUAAUAAACAACUCUGAGUUUGCAUAAAA